AUGUUCUUCCAUGGCGACUGGAAAACAUACCAAACGAACGCUGGCGAUCUUGGAUACCCAGAAGACUCAGCAGCCAAUGAUGAUCUGAAAUGGGAAAAGAAAUGGGUGACAGUUGGUGACACAUCCCUUAGGAUUUACAAAUGGGUGCCAAUAACAGAGCCUAAAGUAGAUGAUAAAGCAAAGAAUAAGAAAAAAGGUAAAGAUGAAAAGUGUGGUUCUGAGGUUACUACUCCAGAAAACAGCUCGUCUCCUGGGAUGAUGGAUAUGCAUGAUGACAAUAGCAACCAGAGUUCAAUAGCUGAUGCUUCCCCAAUAAAGCAGGAGAAUAGCAGCAAUUCAAGUCCUGUGCCAGAGCAGAACUCGACAGGGCAGGGAGAUGGUUCUGGCUCAAAGUCUGAUGAUCCUCAGACUGAUGCAAAAGAAGAACCUGGUUCAGAAGAUGCAUCUGAUGAACAGAAUUCACAGUCUUCAAUGGAGAAUUCCAUCAAUAGUUCAGAGAAAGUUGAAACAGAGCCUUCAGCAGAAAAUGACAUAACCACAGAAACAUCUAAAAACUCUCAGGACUCUGAAGGAGUGCCACCUUCUAAAAAGAUGAAAGUAGAGGCUCCCUCUCAACAAAAUAUUGAUGAAAUAUAAACUUUAGUUUUUUCCUGGGCAGUUUUUAUGUAAGGUACAUCAAUGGGCUAACUUAUCGAACAACCGUACAUGAAUAUCUUCUCUUGGAUGAGGACAGAACUCCGAUAAACUUUCCAAGUUACCAGGCGAAAAUCCAAGACAAGCCAAGCAAAGGUUUAAUCUCUUCAGACACUGAAAACUUUUUCCUGUGAAGCAAAAUGUUGAGCAUUUAAGUUACUGUCUCUGAAAUGGUUAGAGUAAACAACUCAGGAGGGGUCUACGCACUGUUUCUAAUGUCAGAAUUACAAUUAUGCUGCUGCUGUAUUUUUUUUCCCAUUCUCUAUUUAACAUUAUAAGAUAUUUAAGAAUGGUACAGGUCAGGUAUUCUCUUCACAUGUGAAGUUCACUGUUCUGAUGUGAUGUCUGCUUCUUGUUUUGGGGGGUUUUUUUGUGCCUUGUGUCCCAAAACGAAAACAAACCAGUGCUAAUUUUGCAACUUCUCCUUUGCAAAGCGGCCUGUUUGUACAAUGCCAUAUAAAAUGUGUUCCGUUGUUUUUUUGUUUUGUUUUUAAUAUACUCUGGUGCUUACUGUCCUGAUAAGAGAUAACAUGAGAGAAAUCAAGAAGCCAUUUUCACUGUUGGAGUGCAGACUUAUCCACACCGAUGAAGCUUGAUUUUUCUGUACCUCCAGGGGUCGCUUAUUUUUUUGAAUGCACCAUGUUUGAGCCACCAAGAACGUCUCCUGUGCUACCCUCACAGAUGUGUAUGCCCCAAAAUGUUCUUGCUUUAGGGACUUUCUUAGUGGAAUAAUGCAUUUUUUGGCUGUAUAAUGUAGCCUUCUUAAAACUGAUUUCUCUGAAGUGGUUUCUGACGUUCACUUAAAUUAGUGUUUAUUUGGAUAAAAAAGCAAUUAUGCAUUUUAAGUACUUAGACUUGGAAAUCCAUAUUUGAGCCUUUUCAUGGAUUCAUUAUAAAUACAGGUUGAAAUGGACGCACGCAGAACAGCAGAUGUAAUUUUGAAUAGAUAUAUUCUUCAAUCAUUUUUUAAAAUUGAACUGGAUUUCACUGUUUUGUUCUUUAACGAGAUGUUUACUGUGGUAGAGUCUAGGCUUCCUGUACUUGAGGCUUGUAAAUACAGCUUUGUGAUUUUCAGAAUCUCUCGUUCAGACAUCUGUGUUCCAUGCACGCUUGACUUGGCAACCGAGGCUGCCUAGAAGUCUUGUUCAUUUUAAUAGCAGCUGAAAGUGCAGAGCCACCUACACAUUUGGGGUGCUUUUAUGCCAGUUGCUGGGGGCAUAAUCUAGCAAAAAGGUAGUCAUGACAACAAUGCAACUUCAGUUGCAAGGGAUUUGCACUUUGUCAUUUUCAGUGGGGCUAAGUCAUGGCUAGACUUGCUAGAUUACACUCAGCGUUUUGCACAUUUAAAGAAUGGCUGAGCUUCUACAGCUCCUUUGGGUAGAUGGGAACAUUCUUUGUCUGCAUGAGAAAUGCUUAUAAAAAGUAAAAGGUAGCAAAUGAGAACCAAUAAAUUCUGUCACAGUAAAACAGCAACUGCAAAAUGAUUACGUCUAGAUUGCUAUGGAAGUAGCGGGUGGCUUUUUAAAAAAGGAUUAGCUUCCAAUCCAGAUGCUUCCCUUAAUUGUCGCUUGUGAAAAACUUUAUUUCUGAUUUCUCCAGCAGUGAAAAUGGCUUUCGUUUUGACUACUGUAUUGCAUUUGCAAUUAAUUAUGAAAAGAGUUGGGAGUAGUGGAGGUGCCAAUUCUGACCUUCCAUCAACUGUCUGUAGUGUGUUACUGCAAAGAAAGUAGCCAUACAUUCAAAUUUGAGAAUAUCUUCUCAUUUUGUGUUGAAAUAAAUAUUUGCAUCUCAUCAAAAUUAAAUUUGCUUGCAAAUUAUUCAUGACAGCAGCGUGCUCCUUAGAAAGUCUCUUUGUGCUCAGAUAACAAAUUCAUUAAAUCUCUGAAAGAGACAUUAUAUUUGCACAAUAUACAUAAUUAAAUGCUAAAGUGAUAUGUUUUUCUCUCAUUUGUGUAUCUGCUUCAGACAUGGCGAUGACUGGUUAAAUAGCAGUUAGUAUGGACAUGACAUCCAUGUUUAACCAGGGUUUGUGGUUUUUUUGGGGGGAGGGACAUGUUGGCUGAUCUAUGACAUAGACAAAUAUAUUUUUUGAACUUUAAAAAAUAUAAUUAUGUAGCUUUUAAUUGAUCACUAAAACGGUCCAUGGCUCUGAAACCACCCUGUCCAGUAGUUGCUGUCUAUAGAAGCUUCAAUUUUUGUGGUUGUGCUUUGGGUUUUUUUUACAAAGUUUUCAAGGAAGUAGAUAGGCUUUUUUUAAUUUCAAAGCUGAAUCCUGUAUGUAAUGGAUAAUAUAUCACUAAAAUACCUCAAAUAUUUCAUUUGGUAGAAAAGAUUUAUUGGCAUUACUGACAUUGAUGAGUUUAGUGAUAAAACUGGCUUCUUAAUCUCUCCUGGGGCCUAUUGCUGAAGAAUAGUGUCCUUUCGCUUCAUGGCCAAUGUUGUCUUUGGGGGCAGCUGCUUUUCUGUGAACGUUAGAUUGAGUUCUGCGCAGGAAAGAUGCUCAGGAGUUGACUUUGAAGAGCGGCGGUCAUUUUGUCAUUCCAUGGCUCAGAAAAACCACCAAAAACCAGCAUCACUGUAGUCCUUGAUUGGCGACUCAGACUCAGAUUUGAACUUUUAUCCACAAAUGGGCAGACGGGGAAGGUCGAGAGAAUGGAGUUGUACUAUUUAUUGCUGUUAAUGUCUGUCAGCACCGUUUGAACGGGUUGGAAAUGAUAUGGACAAGAGUAUGCAGAGAUUUUGCCGUGGUGUCCUGAUUGUGGUUAGCGUUUUUUCAAAGUGCCUAAUAACAUUGAUAGGCCAUUCAGUUGUGCAGCGUGUUAUGCUUUGAACCGUUGAAAGUUUAGAGCUGAGAACCAGCCGUUCGAGGUGGGGUUCUCCAUCUCUUCAGACUUGGUCCCGGACCCAGCUUCUUGGUCCGGCGUCACCUUUACUGGGACUUGGUUUCAGCAACUGGUUGGAAAUGGGGUGGAUUGCAGAUCCUGAGGGCAGAAGGGAAAAAAUAAACCACCGAGAUUUUGCAUCACAGUGACCGGAAGUUCUCAUGUGAAUAAUGCAGUAGUCCGCCAGGCCUGCUGGUGGAAACUGUGCGGCCCCAGCCCGUGGUGGACUGUAUCCAGCAUUAGUUAGAAAUAGUGCAAGAGGUCAAGAAGUGCUUCCUUAUCUACAUUCUGGGUAUUUGGACCUCCACCAGGUAGACAUAAGCUAGCGAGGGAAUUAACUGACUUUGACGGGGGACAAGCAGCCGGUUUUUAUAGCCAAGCCGUUCAUUUUGAAGUUCUUAGCUUGGGGAAAGAGUUGUUAAACAUUCCAAAAAGUGCGGGCACUUUAACAACAACAACAAUCAAUGAGGCAGCAUAAAAAUUACUGGCUUGUGGGGGUGGCGGGGAAUGGGAACGGCG